AAUUCCAAACUAUUUACUUUAGUAAAGGAUCAAGUUAUUUUAGUCUUAAACUCUUUCUUUUUGUUCUUCAGGUGUGUUCGGUGAGUCAGUGUCAGUGACGGAGGGAGAUCCAGUCACUCUACACACUGGUCUUCUUAAAACGAUGGCUGAUGAGGAGAUUCAGUGGAUGUUCAGAUAUAAAUGCAUAGCUAAAAUGUGUGUAACAGAUGGAAGAAGCACUGUAAAUUAUCUUCUUGAUGGGAGAUUCAGAGACAGACUGAAGCUGGACAAUCAAACUGGAUCUCUGACCAUCACAAACACCAGAACUGAACACACUGGAGUUUAUGAACUACAGAACAACUGCUUGAGAAAGAGUUUCAUUCUCACUGUACAACAUAAUUCUUCAUGCAUGAUUGGUAAUAUAGAUGAAAUAUCAGUGGUGGAGGGCUGUCAGUUCACUUUAGGCCCUAGUCAUACUGAAACAAUGCUGAUUCAGUGGAGGUUUAUACCUACAAACACUUUAAUAGCUGAAAUCAAUAAGCAGACCAACAGAUUCUCUGUAUAUGAUGAUGUUCUUGAUGGGAGAUUCAGAGACAGACUGAAGCUGGACAAUCAGACUGGAGCUCUGACCAUCACAAACAUGACAACUCAACACACCGGAGUUUUUGAAGUACAGAGCAACAAUGUGAAGACGUGUUAUAUAUUCACUGUUAACGCUCGUCUGCCUGUUUCUAACAUCAUCUCAGACUGUCCAUCAUCAUCAGGAUCUCAUCCCAAUCCCAUCAGAAACCAGACUCAACAUCUGAACAUCACUCAACUCUGUCACUCAUGUUCAGACUCUGAACACUGUUGUGGUUCUACUGAAGCUGUGAUCCGAUUGGUCCUCUCUGCUCUGGUGGGCGUGGCUACUGUCGUUGUUCUGGUUUAUGACAUCAGAUCUAGAAGAGCUGAACCAAAGGGGCGUUCGACUCAGUGCCAGCCCGUCCAACAGGUGUUACAGACGGUCGCCUAGGGCUCUGCCAUAAGGGAGGGCCUGUAAUUGUGAGGUUUUUAGGUUUGUUUGACUUGAAGAGCCUCAGACAGGGUCUUUAAAAUACCACAAGAGCUAUAGAGAGCAGACGACUCUGCAUGCUAGCUGUAUUUUGAUGUCAUACAUUGAUCCUUCUGACUGCGAUGCUACAUGGCAUAUAAGACAAAUGUAGGAAUA